AUGUCAUUCAUGAGGAGGCUAAUAAAUGAUGAUGUUACUUGUGUGGAGCAACUACGGAUGGAUACUAACACAUUUCGUGUGUUGUGUUCUCUUCUACUUGUUGAGGGUGGGCUAAAGGAAGAUGGGUUAGUGCCAAUAGAAGAACAAGUUGCUAUAUUUUUACAUAUAUUGGCUCAUCAUGCUAAAAACCGUGUCAUAAAAUUUAAAUUCCAAAGAUCUGGGGAAACUGUUAGUAGAUACUUCAAUUUAGUGUUAAGUUCUGUCUUAAGGUUGCAUGGAAAUUUACUUAAAAAACCAGAUCCGAUUCCUGAGGAUUGCAUUGACAAUAGAUGGAAAUGGUUUAAGGGUUGUCUUGGGGCAUUAGAUGGAACCUAUAUUCCUAUUAAUGUCUCUGAGGUUGAUAAACCAAGAUAUAGAAGUCGGAAAGGUGAAAUUGCAACGAAUGUCUUAGGAGUAUGCUCACGAGACAUGCAAUUUAUAUAUGUGCUACCGGGUUGGGAGGGUUCAGCUUCAGAUGCUAGGGUGUUGCGUGAUGCAAUUAAUAGGAGAAAUGGUCUUAAAGUUCCUACAGGAAACUACUACUUGGUAGAUGGUGGGUAUACAAAUGGAGAAGGGUUUCUUGCCCCUUAUAGAGGAAGUCGAUAUCAUCUUAGUGAGUGGAGACAUAGACGUGUUCCAACAAAUCCCAGAGAACUAUAUAACAAGCGACAUGCUCAAGCUAGAAAUGUGAUAGAAAGAACAUUUGGAUUGUUGAAGAUGCGUUGGGCCAUUCUUAGAAGUCCUAGUUAUUAUCCGGUUAAAACUCAUAACCGAAUAAUUAUUGCCUGUUGCUUAUUGCACAAUUUUGUUAGAAGAGAAAUGUCCAUAGAUCCAUUAGAAACAGAGUUGGAGAACAUGCCUAUCAAUGAAGAGGUAGACGAACAUCCACAUGACAACAUUGAAACUAUUGAACCAAGUGCAGCUUGGACUGCAUGGAGAGACACUCUAGCAAAUGAAAUGUAUAAUGAUUGGGUU